AUGUCGAUCAUUUCUAAGGCCUUGGCGCAACGUCUCCGCCUGCCUCGAGUCUCGACGGAUCUCUCUAUCUUCGGAAUCGGAGGGACCCGCUCAGGAUCAGCUCGUGGCAAGGUCACUCUGCACGUCACGUCAGACGUGACCAACGCCGAGCUCCGCGUGGUGGCUUGUGUGCUGCCCCGCAUAUCAUUGCAGCAAGGCUCAGUCUCGCGAGAAGAACGCAGCUGGCCUCAUCUCGACGGACUCCAGCUGGCCGAUCCUCGCUUCCUGGACGACGACCCAGCUGAGCUACUGCUGGGAGCCGAGGUCUACUCCUUGAUCCUCGAGGAAGGCCUCCGCAAGGGUGACUCAAGGAUGCCGACCGCCCAGCAGACCAGCCUGGGAUGGAUCCUGUCCGGCGGCUACGACGCAACAGCAAUCAACGGACAUCGCCGCACAUUCCGGUGCACCGCCGAUCACGACCUCGCCGACCUUGUUCGACGCUUUUGGGAGCAGGAGAGCGAGCCAAUAACUCGGGCUCCACUUACUCCCGAAGAAGCUAAGUGCGAGGAAUUAUAUGUGCGCACCGUCACACGCACGUCCACCGGGAGGUACAUUGUGAGGCUACCACUUUCAUCACCGCCGACGAAUCUUCACGAGACUCGCCGACCAGCGGAGCGCCUCUUGAGAACCAUGGAGACCAAAGGCAGCCGAGAUCCUCGAUUUGGCGACCUUUAUCGCAGCUUCAUGCAGGAGUUCGAAGACCUACAACACAUGAAGAGAGUCAACAUUGCAACUACAGCGAAUGACCUCAAGUGUUACUUACCGCAUCACGGGGUCCUGAAGGAGUCGAGCACGACGACAAAACUCCGAGUCGUAUUUAACGGCUCUCAACGCACACAGGCCGGUACUUCACUGAACUCUCAUCUGUUGACUGGGGCGAAUCUUCUGCCAGCGCUCAACGACGUGUUGCUGCGAUGGCGUUGGCACCGGUACGUCUUUGUCACCGACGUAGAAAAAAAUGUACCGCCAAAUCCUCGUACAUCCUGA